AUUGAGUAUGGAAGCUUAUCGGAUUGUUAUAAAAAUCGUGAUUGUUUUUUCUCAGUGUUUGUUUUUCGCUCAUUCGACAGAUCCUUGUUGCAAAAUUAGUAGUCGAGCAUCACCGAUGUAUAAACUGUCUAGACACGAGAAACGAUCGACCGAGGCCAUAAUAACACGAAAGAAUGUAACGAAUGUUGAAAAUUGUGAAAAAUUCGCUGUUUCGAAAAAGGCAUUAGCUUUCAACUAUGCAGAUUUAAAUAAUGCUGAUUAUCGACGAACGGAAAAUUGGAGGAAUCCAAACUGUCAAGUACUCGCUUGUCCGACGACGAAUGGUUUCACGAAUUUGGUCAACGAUACGAAAUUCGAUUACUACAGUAUUUAUCGAUCACGAAUUUCAUCAGAAAAUGGACGUUUAAAGUGCCUGCCGAAUGUCGGACUAUUUUACAUAUCCGAGGAGCAUUUGAACUACACAGACGCUCGUGAAUCUUGUAGAAAAAUGCGUGCGACUUUGGCUCACAUUGCGAGCGAGGAGAGAACCGAAGGUUUGGGAAAAAUGCUGUCGACAAAUCGGACCUUCGUUGGUUUGAGCAAUCGUGACGAUGAAAGACGCUGGAAAAAUGAGUUUGACGAACCACUUCUGUGCUUCGAUUAUCGUGGAUGGGCCAAGAGUGAGCCAGCAAAUUCUCGUGGAUGCGUAGUCCUCGUACCUCCUGAAAAUCCUCGUACUUCGUCAACGUGGCGAGUCUCCUCUUGUUCUCAAAUAUUACCGUACAUUUGUGAAAUUGUACCACAUUAUCAUCGUCGAUCCCAAAGAAAUCGGUAGAUUCUUGAUAAUAAUAACAAAGCAUGGGGAAAGAAUCAGACAGGUUGUCAACUAUCACACUUUUUCCUAACUUAUUUCUGGUAUAUGUCGGUGCACAGAAAGUAUACGAGAUAUUGAAUUGGAGCGAAUUUAAUAGAAACUUUCUCGAUUCAUCGAGAAAAUUCGUUUUUCCACACUCCGAUGACGACAGGAAGAUAAAACAUUGUGGUAGGAGGGUACUAAAAGAUUUACUCCGAUUAAUUAUUUACACAAUAGUACGAAUUAUCUGGCACGUGUUUUUGUCUCGAUGUUAACAAAAAAAUGUCAGAAUUAACGUUGAUGGAACAAGAGAAAAUAUAAAGCAUCGAUCGUUCCCACGCA